CAGAAAACAUGAAACAGUUACUGAUCUUACUGGCUGCACUCUGCGCUGGUCAUGCUGAAGAAAAAGAUCUUUCAGGGAAGGUUUUUACUUUCCCAGUUCAAAGUGCAACUUCUUCUGUUCAGCUCAUUGCCAACGUUGAGCAGCCCCUCACCGUUUUGACCAUGUGCAUGAGGUUUUUCUCGUCACUUACCCGAGCUCAGUCGCUGUUCUCACUGGACAUCCCGUCUCAAUCUAACGCCUUCCUGCUCUUCAAGCUGUCUGUGGGUGUGUACAGACUGCACGUCAAUGGGGCUACACUCAAAAUAAGUGGACUGCCCGAUGACAAUGAAUGGAACUCUGUCUGCUGGACGUGGGACUCCACCAGUGGCUUGACAGCUCUGUGGGUCAACGAAAAGCGCAGUCCUCGGGCAAUCAUGGGUGCCAAAGUAUCUCUCACAGGGGUUCCCAGCAUCAUUUUGGGUCAAGAUCAAGAUACUUAUGGUGGAGGCUUUGACCAGAGUCAGUCCUUUGUUGGGGAAAUUUCAGACGUCCACAUGUGGGACAAAGUCAUCUCUCCGUGUGAAAUUAGGUUUUAUAUGGAUGGUAGCGGCUUCACCCCCGGCAACCUUCUCAACUGGAAGAACCUAAGGUUCUCCACCACGGGCACUGUGUACGAGGAACAAAGCGACUUCAAUAAGCUGUCAUGUUUUUAGCUUAUUUAACUGGCAACUAGGAUGCAAAGCUAAACCAAAUAAGUGGAAUCGAAGCUUAGUCCAAGGGCAACUGGUGGACGGAGCUAGAGAUCCGCAGAGGCUUACAUUUCUAUCUCUGUCCACCAGUUAGUUUAGUACUGAAGAAGCCUUUCGGAGGAGAGGUGAAACAUGCUCAAGAUCUUCAACUUAGUCCAGUUGCCUUUGGAUUAAGCUUCGAUUUACCAUGACGACCUGGAUAAAUGAGAACCAACAUAGACAAACAAGUGACGACCGCCUGUUUUAAAUCUUUCAUGUCUCUAA